AUGUUUUCGGAAGAAACUGAUCUCAAGAAAGCCUUUGAGUCGUCCUCAUCGGGAAGUGUGGUUGGUGUUCCUUAUACUUCACCCUAUCGUAUUGAUGAGAAUUUGCGUGAGAAGAAGCAAUUAUUAGAAAAUCAAUUACAUGAGCAACAUGCUCCGUAUGAAGAUGAUGCUCUUCAUCAACACUCAAUAACCAAUUCAACUUAUCAUUCAACAGAUCAUAUUCAUGAUGAUGAAGAAAAUGAACGAAUUUGUAGAUGUUGUCAUGGAAUACUUACAUCCAAUGAUGACUAUGUGGCUCCGUGCAAGUGUGACGGAAGUAUGAAAUUCGUGCAUCGUUAUUGUUUGGACCAAUGGAGAGCAGUUUCUCCAAAAGCUUCAUCGUUUUAUCAAUGCGAUAUUUGUGGACACAAGUACGACAUCAAAGAUGUGGAUGAGCACGGAAAUGUUGUUUCUACAGGUGCAAGUGGAUACAAAGCUUCCUCUAUUAUCAAGUUUGGAGGUUUGGUUGCCGUAGACUUUUGUAUUAUUUUGAUUGUCUGGCAAAUACUGGUCUUUAUAUGUGUUGGAAUAUACGCGUUGUGUGACUAUGAUUACUACUUAAGGGCCAAAUUAUUUGGCAACCUGAAUGCAUUUGUUGCUUCUUACAUAUGUGGACUUACUUUAUUCUUCUUCAUCUUGGGCCUAAUUGGAUUGUGUUGUCUUGGAUUGGUACUCUUGAACAAACUCAUUAAUGGAACGUUUUUUGGAAACUGUUGUGUAGCCGAUGAUUUUUACACCUAUAAUAAUUAUCCUUACUAUGGAAGAUACAGAACCUCAUACUAUGAUUUCUCAGAUAUGUGUUUCUGGUUUUGUUUUUGGAAUUCACUGUAUGGAAGACCUGCACAACCAUGCUUUGGCAGCUGCUAUGGCUGUUAUGUUGGAAGUGGAGGAGGUGGUGAUUGUAAUUGUAGUGGAGGAAGUGAUUGUGGAGGAGGUGGAAAUGGGGAUGGUAUGGCAAUCGCAUUGCUUGUUAUUGUAGUGGCUAUUGCUCUCAUUGGUGUCUUUUUUGGAUUAAUAUUGAUGGGUGUUUUAGGAUACAGAAUUUUCACUAGAAGAUUACAAGUGUUGAAAAGAAAAGAAAUUGCCAAGUUCCAACAAAUUCAGAAUUAUUGGAAAAUUGAGGCAUAA